CCUCUCGUAACCGAAAGGUCUCUCCUGUCGUUUCUCCUCUGGUUCGUCUUCUUCCCCGUUAGCCGUUCCGCGACGACGGAGGACGACGAAAUCGGUCUUCUCAUCUUAUUCUCACGGGGCUUGUGUGAUUCUUCGUUGAUAAUCAUCGUCCGGUUUCGGUUUCCGCUAUUGAAUUCGAGGGAUCCCGUUGGAGGGCGUCGUCCGGCGGCGAUUAGGGUUAAGAGUCUGGAACGCGGGACCUUUAUGCGAUUCCACCUCAUGCUUCACAGUGAAUGGAUACAAGUAAAGUGAAGCCCCCCAAGGCUAUGCCGCUGCAGAAGAUUUAUCAGACACAAGAUAAUCUCAGGCUGCCGUUGGUUCCUUCUGAGAAGAACAAUGCAAUCGCUGCUACUCGCAAGGUUCGGGAAGUUGCCUCUAGAUACAAGGAUAGGAUUUCCUCUGCUCCAAUCUCUAGGCCUAGUUCACCAAAACGAUUCCCCUCUCCAAAUGCCGUUUACACUUCCCUUGCAUCUGAAGCAUCACAGACUAAGAGGGCCCAAUCUGCUGAAAGGAGGAGACCGGUGACCCCUACAUCAAGGUUUUCGGCACCCUCAUCUCCAUCCAAUCGUUCCACGCCCUCUUCGCCAUCCUCGAGGCCUACAACUUCAAUCCAUGAUAUGGCCACAGGUGCUCAUAAUACUCCACGAAAAAUACUUAACAACAAGGUGUCAGAGGGUUUGUGGCCUUCGACGAGGAAUGUAUCAUCUUUCCAAUCAGAGCCUCCUGCAGUUUCUGUAAGCAAAAGUGAAAAGUUUGUUGCAAAUUCCUCAACAAUGCCAAGUGUAGUGGCCGAGAGAAAGUUGACUCCUCUGAGAGGAAGGAGCACAUCCAUCCAGCCAAUGGAGUCAAAACCACUUGAAAACUCAAAUGCAAGGGUCAUUGAUCAUCACCGGUGGCCUGCUAUGCAUGGUGGCAGGUUGUCUACAAAUGUCUUUUCUAUGAUUGCGGAUCCGAAUGACAAAGUUAACAGGUCUCUUUCCUUGGUAGCUGCAUUGCGUGUUGCUUCACCAAAGAAAUCUGAGCCUUCUUCUGAGAGUGAAACAACAGCUCCUCAGCCUUCCUCAAAUGAGGUAUCUGAGGAACUAUUCGAUACUAAAGGUGGAAAAGUAAAGCAGGAUGUCAAAUCACCUAGACAUUUUUCUUCAACACUUAUCGAGAGAUCAGCCUCUGUACCAAGGCCAAUUAGAACUCGGUCAUCACCCAUCCCAGUUUUAAAUUGCCCUACAUCCCCAAGUAAGGUUUUGUCGACAUCAUCGAUCACCAGGGGCAUGACUAGUCCAUCCAGGACCCGACCCUCAACUCCAAUCUCACCAUCCGAUGAUGUGACUAAUAGAGCCUCAUCUACCACUAGGGGCAUUUCCAGUCCACACAGAAUGCGGCCAUUAACUCCAAUCUCACAAGCUGGUACUUCAAUUGGUAGGGCAAUAUCUUUGUCGGCAUCUUCUAGCACUAAGGGUCUGACCAGUCCAUCAAGGACGCGACCAUCAACUCCAUUUUCUCCAUGUGGUAAUGCAACCAGUAGAUCAGGCAACAUAUCCUCAUUUUUUUCAGCAUCGUCUACCGUUAGGGGAAUGACCAGUCCAUCCAGGAUACGACCAUCAACUCCAUUCUCGCCGUCUGACAAUGUGACUAAUAGAGCUGGUGGCAUAUCUUCUGUCCUUACCUAUAGCGUCGAUUCACAGAGAGAGAAGAAUGCAAAACAUCUAGAAGAUGCUCAUCAACUAAAGCUGCUGUAUAAUUCAAGCAUACAGUGGCAUUUUGUCAAUGCCGAGGCAGAAAAGGCUCUGUCAGUUCAAAAAAUCAGUGCAGAGAAUGAUCUUCUUAGUGUAUGGGAUAGUAUCUCAGAGUUGCGUGAUUCAGUUGCUAUAAGAAGGACCCAUGUCCAGCAUCUGCAACUGAAGAUGAAAUUGGGUGCGAUUUUGAAAGAGCAGAUUGCAUACCUUGAGCAUUAUGUGACCUUGGAGAGAAAACAUGCGAGUUCCUUAUGCGGGACAAUUGCGGCUGUGAAAACUGGUACAUCACGCCUUCCUGUUACAGGAGCAAGGGCAAAUAUACUUGAUGUGAAGAAAGCUAUUACUUCAGCAGUUGAUAUUAUGCAAGCAAUGGCCUCCUCCAUUUGUUACUUGCUACCUAAGGUCGAGGGCACAAAGACUCUAAUUUCUAAGCUUUCAGCUAUUGUAGCAGCGGACAAAAUUUUCCUCGAGCAGUGCAGAGAUUUACUAGGUUUAAUAGCAGCAAUGCAGAUGGAGUCUUCCAGCCUAAGAGCACAUUUGAUACAACUUAGACAAGAUUCCAGUCAAUUACAUGAGGCAACAACAGCAAUUCCAAAUUCGUCAGAUGAUGUGAGCUCGUUCUCCAUGUGGACGACAACUUUGGGAUUAUAACAUUACGUUUUAGGCCUGUUUCCAAUUUUCUAUCAUUGGUUUCUUUCUUCUUUAUUUAUUUAUUUAUUUCUUCUUCCCCACUCUUUCUAAGGGCAAGCCAUAUUCUUUUUCAAUGUAAUUUGUCACUUUGACAAAAGUAAAAAAGUAGGAUAGUACGGACCAAGGGUUGCACAAGUCUUGUAAACAUCACGAUCCUUGUGCAUAUAAUACUAACAACUUGUUUUUAUGGCUCAUUAGAUAUGCUGGGGCAUUAGUCUCUGUUCGUGUCCUUGAUCUGUGAUUAAUACCAACCUUUUUGAGUUGUUACGAGAUUGUACUGCACCUGUUUUAAUCUUCUAUGUAGCUUUCCUGUGAGUUGUUACAA